CCAUUCGAUUUAUGUACUCAAAUCGUGUUUUUGUACAUCAUAGUUUCAAGCAUUUUUGAUUCUCUAGCGAAGUUUUUGUGUUCAUCGUUCAGUUUCCUUGCGAUUGAAUCUGUUUGCAUUAUGGAUUCAAGUUACUCUGAUUCUCGUCCCAUGUUCGUGCAAUCGCCUUAUGGUGGUUGGAACCAAACCCAGAUGACUGAUUUGGUGGCUAAUCCAGUGAACAAUGAACAAGGCGACUUGCAUUCUCUAUCUGAAUCACAAUCACAGUCACAAUCUUCUCAGCAGUUACAGCCAUCGUUGAAAAGGCCAAGACUUGUUGAUGAUAACGUUUUCAAUCCGGCUUCGUCUUUUCCUCCUCCUACGAGUAGCAAUCCUUGGAUGGUUCCAUCGUUGAACCCUCCUCCUGUGAACAAAGGGACGGCUAAUAUAUUCUAUAAGACGAGAAUGUGUGCGAAAUUCAGGGCUGGGACUUGUAGGAAUGGAGAACUCUGCAAUUUUGCUCAUGGGAUUGAGGAUUUGAGGCAGCCUCCGUCGAAUUGGCAGGAAAUUGUUGGACCUCCUGGACAAGAUAGGGACAGGGAGAGGGAGAGGGAAAGGGAAAGGGAAAGACCGUCCUUGGCGCCUGUUGGGAACAACAAUUGGGAAGAUGAUCAAAAGAUAAUCUUGAGGAUGAAGCUUUGCAGGAAGUUUUGUUUCGGGGAAGAGUGUCCUUAUGGGGACAGGUGCAAUUUCAUUCAUGAGGAUCUGUCAAAGUUUCGUGAGGAUUCGGGGAAAUUGAGAGAGAGCUCGGUUAUAAGUGUCGGUACCACUGCUGCUGAUCUACAAUCUGUUGAUAAUAGUACUGCUUCUAAUCAUAUUGAAGUAAGUAGGCAAGGAAGCAUCCCGGUACCUGUGCCUAUGAACAAUGGUGGUGCUGUCAAGACUGUGUACUGGAAGACAAGGUUAUGCAUGAAGUUUGAAAUCACGGGUCAAUGCCCUUUCGGUGAUAAGUGUCACUUUGCUCAUGGCCAAGCAGAGUUGCAUAACUCUGUUGGAAGGGUAGAAGGAGAAGCUGUGAACGGAGUAGCAUCUCUGAGUAAACAAACAGUGGUACCUGCGAAUGAAGCAUUUGCAAUGAAACCAACUGCCCAACUAACAGCAGAUUCUUCUGGUCUAAACGAAGAAGGGCGGCGAAAGAAGUGUUUACUCAAGUGGAGCGACUCCAAGAAGAUUAACCGAAUCUAUGGAGACUGGAUCGAUGAUUUACCAGUGGGUCAAAAGUCGACCAAACCAGUAGAGAGCUGAGCUUUUUCUAGGCUGGUUCCAUUUGUGUCUUGUCUUUGAUGAUCAAAAGUGAUAAAAAAAGCUUUGGUCUAAAAUUUUGAAGAGUAGUAGAACACUCUUUGUUUGAUUUCUUCAUUAGCAAUUCUUUGAUUCGCUAUUAGCUUAGAGUUUCCCAUAUUUUGUUAUAAUCUUUGAUUACAUAAAAGAGAAAAGUGGCUUGGUUCACCAAUAGCAUCACAUUCAUCUUAA